AUGGACGAGCUGCGCGUGCCGACCAGUAGCCCCGAGCAGCCGGAGCAGCAGCAGCUGUUGGAGCAGCAGCAGCUGUUGGAGCAGCAGCAGCAGCAGCAGCAGCAGCAGCAGCUGCUGCUGCUGCAGCAGCAUGUGGCGCCAUGCAGCGGCGCCAGCAAUAGCUAUGCAAUCGUUGCCACCACCCCACGCGUGCAGCAGCAUCACCAGCUGCAGCCAACCCAGCCGCCGCUGCCGCCGCCGCCGCCGGCGCCGCCGUGCGUCUUCGCAUCCCCUCGGCGGCCGGCAGCGCCCACGCUGCAUUUCCUGCCGCGUAUGAAUGGUGUCGGGGGCCAGUCGUCCGACACGAGCAGCGGCAGCCCGCUCCUGUUGUCUUCCGAAGAGGGGUUCUCGGCCUGGGCAGCGGCGGGCCUGGGGCCAGGACCCUCCAACCUGUCAGUACUGACUGCUGCCGGGAGCCUCAGCCACCCUGGCGCCGCCGGCGACUGGCCCUCUGCGCCCUUCGUGCGCGCCGCGCAGGCCCCGCCUGCCGGCAUGGGCGUCGGCGCCGGCGGCGACGCCACAGCAGCUGCGGCGGCGGCGGCUCUGGAGGCGACGGCGUUUGCGCCCAUGACGCCUACAGUUGCAGCGCCCGCGCCCGAGCAGCUGUACUGCUUGAUUCCGGAAGCUCCUGCUGGCAGUGGGGCGGCAGCAGCUGCUACGCUGCAGGCACAGGUGGCGGCUCUCACGGGACAGCUGCCGUUCGAGGCUGCGCUGCCCCAGCAGCGGCAGGUGUGGCGCGCGCAGCACGAGGUGCAGCAGCAGGCCUCGCAGGCGGUUCAAGUCCAGCAAGCGCAGGCGCAGCAGCGCCACAGCCCCCUCGUCAUCUCUGGGGCCCAGCGCUACUCCCUCGCUCCUGGGGCCGCGGCCGCGGCCGUUGCGGCCGGCCCGCAGGCGGGCGCCGCCCUGCAGCCAUACAUAAGAGUGCUAAUGCCCGACGGCUCCGAGGGCCUGCUGCCCGCGGCUGCCAUCUCGACAUCCGCGUGCGGCGGCAGCCCCGCAGCCGCCCCGGGCGGCUGCUGGGAGGUGGCGGGAGCGCCGGCGCCGGCGCCCCCGGCGCCCCUUCGAGUCGCGCGGCUCGUUGCCCCUCCCACGCAGCUGGCGGGCGCUGCGCCGCAGGACUGCUUGGUCCUGGUGAUGGCGCCACAGGCGGGCGACGGCCCCUCCGCCCAGUGGGCGGUCUCAACAGGAGUGUACUGA